ACUCUGACUGCAAAAAAUCAAUACUAGUCUUCUCAGUUCUUAUAUCUCAAACUUUUCACAAAGCGCAGAAACAGGGCAUUUGGCUUUUAGAGUUGGGUUUCGAUUCGAGUGUCUGGUGUAUUGCUCCCCUUUGCGAUACAAUUAGCUUAUUAUAAACCGGAACAGAAAGAACAACGUUGAAUGCAGUCAUGUUUGUGUUGAGCUCCCGAGUGGCGCAGCGGUCUACGGCACUGCAUCUCAGUGCAAGAGGUGUCACUACAGUCGCUGGUUUGAAUCCAGGCUGAAUCACAUCUGGUCAUGAUUGGGAGUCCCAUAGGGCAUAGGGUGGCGCACAAUUGGCCGUCAUUGUAAAUAAGAAUUUGUUCUUAACUGACUUGCCUUGUUAAAUAAAUAAAAGUAUUUCGCGUCAGUAGGCUAGUUCCCAUCGCUGCAAAAACAGUUUGACAAGUCAUAAGGGCAGUGGCGGAAUUUCAGAUAAAAUGAGCUUAUCAUAAACCGGAGCAGAAAGAACAAAGUUGAAUGCCAUCAAGUUUGUGUUGAUCAUAUUACGCGUCAAUAGGCUAGUUCCCAUCGCUGCAAAACCAGUUUGACAAGUCAUAAGGGAAGUGACGGAAUGUCAGAAGUGUUUUCCUUCUACAGCUCUACUGUAACACUUCAAGUAUAACUUAUAUCUGCCAUAUAAAGUAUGAAUAGUCCGCGAAGGGACAACAAGUCUUCUCCAGUGGUUCCUCCCAGACCCAGCAGUGAGGAGAUGAGCAACCCAACCACACACCGCUUGAACAAAGAGAAUGAUACGAGCAGUAACUCACAGAGGACUGGGAUGAUGGGAGUCAUGCAGAAAGUCAAUCCGUUCAAAACCACAACACAGGCCUCCUCUACAGCCAGUACAGCUACAGAUCCAGUGGCAGAGAAGACUGUGGAUGGAAAUGUCCCUGAAGCGAAACAGAACCCGGGUAUCUUUAAAGGAGUGACACAGAAAGUCAACCCAUUCACGUCCUCUACACAGGUGAGAAAAGAGGACCCUCCAAAAGACACUGUGGAUCAGGAAAAGCUACCAGAAGGCAAACAGGUCUUCCAGAACCCUGGAAUGUUCACAGGAAUGAUGCAAAAAGUCAACCCUUUCAAAUCUACAGCACAGAUACAGGACACUCAGUCGAUACACAGUGAUCUGUCCUCCAGUGCUGGCAGUCUGGCGGAGAACACCACAACAGAAAGACAAGUGAGAAAGGAGGACCCUUCAACAGACACUGUAGAUCACCAAGUGACAGCGAAGCUACCUGAAGCCAAGCAGAACCCUGGGAUGUUCACGGGAAUGAUGCAGAAAGUCAACCCAUUCAAAUCUACAGCACAGAAUCAGGAUACUCAGGCCAUACACAGCAAUCUGUCUCCCAGUGCUGACAGUCUGGCUUCUACAGGAAGACAGGUGAUAAAGGAAGACCCUCCAACCGACAGUAUGGAUCACCAUGUCACAGAAAAGCUACCAGAAAGCAAACCGCAGCAGAAUCCUGGAAUGUUUAUGGGAAUGAUGCAAAAAGUCAACCCUUUCAGAUCUACAACACCGAUUCAGGACAACCAGUCCAUACACAGUGAUCUUUCUUCCAGUUCUGGCAGUCUGGCUGAGAGUAGCAGUUCUGCAGGAAAACAGAACCCCGGGAUGUUCAAGGGAAUGAUGCAGAAAGUCAACCCAUUCAAAUCUACAGCACCGAUCCAGGAGACUCAGCGUGACAGUGUGGAUCACCAUGUCACCGAAAAGUUACCAGAGAGUAGCGGACACAGCGACUCAUCCUCCAGUUCUGACAGUCUGAGUGACACCAACGUCUUCAGUCCUACGGAGAAUCAGACCGUGUGGUACACAGACAAUGAAGCUACUUCUUCAGUGAAAAGUGGACCUCCACCACCACAAGAAAAUAAGAAAAGGACUGGGACAUUCCAAAUCCGAAGGAUUCUCCCUGGUGCCCUGUUUGGCUAUGAAAAUACUGAUGCUCAGCCCACAGCCCAGGCGGGCCUAGUGGAGGUCCAGACACUGGAGAUGGCUGCAGUGCCAGUACCUAGUGAAGGAAACCCACCGGACAGUGUGGAUAAUGAGGAAGGUCUUAUGGAUUGGUGGCAAACAGUAGAGGGUUGGGAAACGUGGAAGGAGUCCAACACCUUUGAAGCGGAUGAAGGCGAGAUGGCAGUGGAGGCGGUGGCGGACCGUGUCUUCAUGGCGGCCCGGUUCUUUGUGCGUCUCUUCAACCAGCGCGGUGCCUCUUUACAGCAACGCAUCCUGGAGCUCCUAUCAUUGGCCGACGCCGCCGACAGCUUCCACAAGAAGACUGUGAAGGCCAGCGUGGGGGGCGGAGUCGCCAGCGUUGCUGGGAGCAUCACCACUAUCACCGGCCUCAUCUUGGCGCCGUUCACCAUGGGAACGUCGCUCAUCGUCACGGCAGUGGGCAUCGGCGUUGCGACAGCGGGCGGGGUAGCGUCAGCCUCUGCAAAUAUUACUGAUACGGUGCACUCCAAGACAGACAGGAAGAAGGUGGAGAAGAUGAUUCAGGAUUACCAGGAGGAGAUGAAGGAUAUCAAGGAGUGUCUGGACUUUUUGCAGGUCGGUAUGGAGACCCUGGAGGAGUGGGACUUUGAUCAGUACGUGGACAGCAUCUCUAAGAAAUAUCUCAACCAGAAUGUCAAACACGUGAUGAAGGAGGGUGGCCGGGCCGGCAAGGCAUUACUAAUCAACACAGAAAGUCUGAUCAACACCGUGCAGGUUCUCAACGUGGCAGGCGGAGCGGCCAAGGCAGCCCAGGUGAUGAGUGUCACCACAGGAGUAAUGUCGGGUCUCUUCCUGGCCCUGGAUGUGUUCUUCCUGGCAAAAGACUCCAUCGAGCUCAACAAAGGAGCCAAGACGGAGUUUGCUGGGAAGAUCAGGGAAGUGUGUAAGGAUCUUCAGAAUGGACUGUUGGAGCUCAACCGCAUCAAAGAGCAACUGCAGAAAACCAUGGAUGGGAUCGAGGUGGUGGAGGAAGAGGAGGAGGAGGAGGAGGUGUACGAGUCUGAUCCAGAGAAACUGGCCCAGUUGGAAGAAUGAGGGAAGGAAGAGAGGGAGGGAAGAUAGUUGUUGGUUGUGAAACCGAAGGCGUUUGACCAAAAAUGUUGAUCAAUUUGUUUUGUUACUUAUUCCGUUACAUGCAGUAGACCUAUAAUCUGUGAUAUGUUUCAGCCAAAAAGGUGCCUAGAAUGUUUUGACAUGGCCAAACUUUGCCAAAUUGCCACUUUAUUUUUCAGUUGAGAAUGUAGUGCCUUAUUUAAUAUAACACUGAUGGUGUCACUAGUCUUCUUAUUUCUAUAUUUUGCUAAUUUUUAUGACUGGUUAGUAGGGGAGAGUUGGGUAUGUUGACCCAUUUUUUGCAUUCAGCAUCUCUAUGUCAAGCUAAAUAUAAUAUUCUUUCUAACAAAGAUAUUUACAUAUAUUUCAGGAUGUCAUGUAUCUCUGGAAAUAAUCAGAAUUCAUGUAAACAUAACACUUUUGAAAACACAGCUUGUCCAAAAAAAAGUAGUCACUUGGUUUUGGGGUAAAUUGAGCAUAGGGACACAUUUGUAACACUUUUUACUUUUUAAAAACACUUUAAACAUAGGCUCAGGCCCUGGUUUAACCUCAUAUCCCAGUGAUAAUGCCUUGCAUUACGCCUGGGAAGAAAACACUUCAUUUGUGGCCUAGAGGGGUAUGAACCUAACUGAGGAAGGCAUUUUUCAUCAUUUGAAUAAUUAUGACUAAUCAUACGGAUGCGAGGUGUCUUCAAAAAACGAUGCUUGUUAUGCAUGAAACUGACAAUAUAAUUAUUUUUUAUGGGGUAUAUUGAUAGCCAAUGGCUCAAUUUGCCCCUGGCAACAAUUUUGACUAUAGUAGCCCACACAACGAUGCACUUUCAUGCUACUGUUGGUAUAAGACUAGCAGUGGUGUAAAGUACUUAAGUAAAAAAUACUUUAAAGUCCUACUUAAGUAGUUUUUUGGGGUAUCUACUUUACUAUUCAUAUUUUUGACAACUUUUACUUCACUACUACACUCCAAAAGAAACGUAUGUACUUUUUACUCCAUACAUUUUACCUGACACCCAAAAGUACUUGUUACAUUUUGAAUGCUUAGCAGGACAGGAAAAUUGUCUAAUUCACACCUUUACCAACAGAACAUCUCUGGUCAUCCCUACUGCCUCUGAUCUGGGGGACUCACUAAAUACAUGCUUCGUUUGUAAAUUAUGUCUGAGUUGGAGCAUGCCCCUGGCUAUCCGUAAAUAAAAUAAAAACUGGAACAUGUGGCCAUCUGAUUUGCUUAAUAUAAGGAAUUUGAAAUGAUUUAUACUUCUACUUUUACUUUUUGAUAUUUUGGUACAUUUUAGCAAUUACAUUUACUUUUGAUACUUAAGUAUAUUUAAAACCAAAUACUUUUAGACUUCUACUCAAGUUGUAUUUUACUGGGUGACUUGCUUUUACUUGAGUCAUUUUUCUAUUAUACUCAAGUAUGAUAAUUGUGUAAUCUUUCCACAACUGGAUACAAGCAUGAUGAAACCUAUAACACAAAUUAAUUUGACUUUGUGAAAAUAUGUUUUUUGGACCUAACUUAUUUAACACUUUUUCCAUGUGAGUUCUUACCUUUUCCUAACUCUUCCAGUCAAGAAUUUGGACACCUACUCAUUCAAGGGUUUUUCUUUAGUUUGACUAUUUUCUACAUUGCAGAACAUUAGUGAAUACAUAAACUAUGAAAUAACACAUAUGGAAUCAUGUAGUAACCAAAAAAGUGUUAAACAUAUUUUAGAUUCUUCAAAGUAGCCACCCUCUGCCUUGAUGACAACUUUGCACACUCUUGGCAUUCUCUUAACCAGCUUCAUGAGGUAGUCACCUGGAAUGCAUUUCAGUUAACAGGUAUGCCUUGUUAAAAGUUCAUUUGUGGAAUUUCGUUCCUUAAUGCUGAGCCAAUCAGUUGUGUUGUGUCAAGUUAGGGGUGGUAUACAGAAGAUAGCCCUAUUUGGUAAAAGAACAAGUCCAUGUUAUGGCAAGAACAUCUCAAAUAAGCAAAGGAAAACGACAGUCCAUCAUUACUUUAAGACAUGAAGGUCAGUCAAUUCGGAAAAUUUCAAGAACUUUGAAAGUUUCUUGAAGUGCAGUCGCAAAAACCAUCAAGUGCUAUUAUGAAACUGGCUCUCAUGAGGACCUCCACAGGAAUGAAGACCCAGAGUUACCUAUGCUGCAGAGGAUAAGUUCAUUAGAGUUACCAGCCUCAGAAAUUGCAGCCCAAAUAAAUGUUUCACAGAGUUCAAGUAACAGACACAUCUCAACAUCAACUGUUCAGAGGAGACUACGUGAAUCAGGCCUUUCUGGUCGAAACCACUACUAAAGUAGACCAAUAAUAAGAAGAGACUUGCUUGGGCCAAAAAAACACGAGCAAUGGACAUUAGACCAGUGGAAAUCUGUCCUUUGGUCUGAUGAGUCCAAAUGUGAAAUUUUUGGUACCAACCGCCGUGUCUUUGUGAGACACAGAGUAGGUGAACGGAUGAUCACUGCAUCUGUGGUUCCCACCGUGAAGGAUGGAGGAGGAGGUGUGAUGGUGUGGGGGUGCUUUGCUGGUGACACUGUCAGUGAAUGAUUUAGAAUUCAAGGCACACUUAACCAGCAUGGCUACCACAGCAUUCUGCAGCGAUAUGCCAUCCCAUCUGGUUUGCGCUUAGUGGGACUAUCAUUUGUUUUUCAACAGGACAAUGACCCAAAACACCUCCAGGCUGUGUAAGGGCUAUUUGUCCAAGAAGGAGAGUAAUGGAGUGCUGCAUCAGAUGACCUGGCGUCCACAAUCACCCAAUCUCAACCCAAUUGAGAUAGUUUGGGAUGAGUUGGACUGCAGAGUGAAGGAAAAGCAGCCAACAAGUGCUCAGCAUAUGUGGGAACUCCUUCAAGACUGUUGGAAAAGCUCUCCAGGUGAAGCUGUUGAGAGAACGCCAAGA